UUGUAUCCUUUCAUCUCCUUCCUUCAACACCCCCAUAAUAUACAGUGCAUCAAAAAUCAUUUCAAGCACAAAGGAAACCAAAAAAAGAAAAAACAAGAAACCCUUCGUUAUAAUCUUAUUUCUUUUUAUGUUUCAGCUGUUUACAGAACCUAGAACCAUGUAAUUUGGUUCUGUCUUGAGUCUUUGUGUUCAUUAUCUUUUGCUAUAGCUUUUUUUAUCUGCAGAUUUCAUCUCUCUCAACUCAAGUCAUGUAAAUUGCAUAUACAUAUAUACAUAUAUAUAGCAGUUUAGGAUCAAAGGAAGAGAGAGAAUUAAACGCCAACCAUUUAGUGGUUUAGCUAGCAAAAGAAACUAACCAUGGAAGAGACCUUUGUGCCUCUCAGAGGUAUCAAAAAUGAUCUCAGAGGAAGAUUAUUGUGUUACAAGCAAGACUGGACUAGUGGCUUUAAAGCAGGCUUCAGGAUUCUAGCUCCCACCACUUACAUUUUCUUUGCUUCUGCAAUUCCUGUCAUUUCAUUUGGUGAACAACUUGAGAGAAAUACAGAUGGAGUUCUCACAGCAGUUCAAACCUUAGCAUCCACUGCAAUUUGUGGGAUCAUACAUUCAAUAAUAGGUGGUCAACCAUUGUUAAUACUAGGAGUUGCUGAACCAACUGUCAUUAUGUAUACAUUCAUGUUUGACUUUGUUAAAGAUAGAUCGGACUUGGGCCGGGACCGGUUUCUAGCCUGGACUGGAUGGGUGUGUGUAUGGACUGCAGGGUUGCUGUUCUUACUAUCAAUCUUGGGAGCUUGUUCCAUUAUCAACCGGUUUACUCGUGUUGCCGGAGAAUUGUUUGGUCUGCUUAUAGCUAUGUUGUUUAUGCAGCAAGCUAUCAAAGGCCUAGUGGAAGAGUUCCGAAUUCCGCACAAUGAAAAUCCGAACUUGACACAGUUUAUACCUUCAUGGAGGUUUGCUAAUGGCAUGUUUGCUUUGGUACUGUCAUUUGGCCUUCUUUUCACCGCGUUACAAAGCCGAAAAGCGAGGUCAUGGCGCUAUGGAACGGGUUGGCUUAGAAGCUUUAUAGCAGACUAUGGUGUACCACUUAUGGUACUAAUUUGGACAGGAGUCUCCUAUAUACCCGCCGGAGAUGUUCCGAAAGGUAUCCCACGUCGUCUCUUCAGUCCAAAUCCUUGGUCCCCUGGCGCUUACGAAAAUUGGACAGUCAUCAAGGACAUGCUGGAUGUUCCGCUGGUCUACAUAAUCGGAGCCUUCAUUCCAGCCACAAUGAUUGCAGUGCUUUAUUACUUUGACCAUAGUGUAGCAUCUCAACUAGCUCAACAGAAAGAGUUUAAUUUGAGAAAACCAUCUUGUUAUCAUUAUGAUUUACUCCUUUUAGGAUUCUUGACAUUGUUAUGCGGUCUCAUUGGCGUCCCUCCGGCAAAUGGGGUCAUUCCACAAUCUCCAAUGCAUACCAAGAGCUUGGCUACUCUCAAGCACCAGCUGCUUCGUAACCGGCUGGUCACAACAGCACGAAAAAGCAUAAGCAAGAAUGCUAGUUUAGGACAAUUGUAUGGAAACAUGCAAGAAGCCUAUCAACAAAUGCAGACUCCUUUAGUUUACCAAGAACCUUCAACUAGAGGACUAAAUGAACUAAAAGAAUCAACAGUUCAAGCUGCAACGUGUUCAGGCAACAUCGAUGCCCCACUGGACGAGACUUUAUUCGAUAUCGAGAAAGAGAUUGAUGAUUUAUUGCCUGUCGAAGUAAAAGAACAGCGUCUAAGUAACUUGUUACAAGCUACCAUGGUAGGCGGUUGUGUUGCAGCAAUGCCUAUACUUAAAAAGAUCCCAACUUCGGUCCUAUGGGGUUACUUUGCCUUCAUGGCUAUCGAAAGCUUACCGGGGAAUCAAUUUUGGGAAAGGAUCUUAUUGCUCUUCACGGCACCGAGUAGAAGAUACAAAGUUCUUAAGCAGAAACAUGCAACCUUUGUGGAGACUGUUCCAUUCAAGACAAUUGCGAUAUUCACCGUUUUUCAAACUAUUUAUUUACUUAUAUGUUUCGGGUUAACUUGGGUACCGAUAGCCGGCGUUAUGUUUCCUUUGAUGAUCAUGCUUUUAGUCCCAGUUAGACAAUACUUGUUGCCCAAGUUUUUCAAAGGGGCACAUCUUUACGAUUUGGACGCCGCCGAGUAUGAAGAGGCACCUGCUUUGCCAUUUAAUCUUGCCACAGAAACAGAGUUGGGACAUGGAGCAUCAUAUGAAGGGGAAGGUGAGAUAUUCGACGAAGUUAUUACUCGAAGCCGAGGUGAAUUCAGGCAUUCAUCCAGUCCUAAAAUCACAAGCUCCACUUCUACACCAGCAAACUACCCUAGAAGCCAUCUAAGCCCAUGCCUCUCGUCCAGUCCACAUCUCGGCGAACUAAGAGGAGAAAGAAGCCCUCGGGCAAGAGGAAAUGAACCGCACAGUCCAAUGACCGCAAUAGGGAGGAGCCCUCUUAACCCGUCACCGAGUUAAUACGGAAUGUUGUCGAAUAUUAAAAGUGGUUUGGUCAUUUUCUCUAGUCCUUAUCUUGUGUGUUAAAUGGUUCGCUUAGGUGCUUUGUAAAAUGUUCUCUUCCAAUUUCCUUUGUAACAACAGAUUUCAUUUACGUUUCUUGCAAGAAAUAUAUAUAACAGUAUUUUUUUCC